AUGAAAGGCCCGUCAAAUAGUUCCCUAGAUAAUUCUCCAACAAGGUAUACCACUGAUAUCAUAGUAUUUUGUUUCAUUUUAGAAGAAGUUCCUGCUAUAGAGAACCAUUUUGUAGUCGAUAUUACCGAUAAAAUCAAAAAUAUUUUGCAUCUUCAAAAUGCUAUUAAGGAGGUGAAGAAACCUCAAUUGAACGAUUUCGCUCUGAAUGAUCUUAAAUUGUGA